AUACUGUAGCUGGAAAGUUUUGUGUCACUCGGUUCGGACGAAGCUACUCCGAAACCGCGGUGCAUUUGGCGGAAAACGUCAUGUUUGAGACAUUCCGCUGAGGGCAGGAACCCGGCGACAUGGCCGUCCCAGCCGCCCAGUUCCAGCGAGGGGCCCCGGCGGGGCUCCGGGGGCCGAUGGUCCCGAACCUGAGCUGAGUUUCCGCUGCUGGCUCCGCUACUGGUGCCGGCCGAACCAGCACCAGUCAGGGCAGACCAGGUCCAGCUUCUCGUUUUUUUAGACCGGCCUCGUCCCCGAAACCCGCCGACAUGUCGGACCAAAACUACUACUGGACCGUGCUGCCGAGCUACAAGACCAGCUUUGUGACCGGGGCCAUGAUGAAGAGGUCCAAAAGCUCUCGUAACAACAAGAAGAGGACUUUAGCGGUCGGGACCCCGUCGCCCACGCUGUCACGUCCGCUCUCACCGCUCCCCCUGGCCACAGCUGGCAGCAGUCCGUCAGAAAGCCCCAGAAAUGUCUCAGCCAGCGCUUCUGCCAACUUCCAGUUUGCUCGCAGCCAACUGGCUCGCGCCGAAAGUCGCGCUGAUGAGCGAAGGUGGUCGGUGGCAUCGGUCCCCUCGUCUGGAUACUGCACCAGUGCCCCCAGUUCAUCGGUAUCAACCUCGUCCUCCCAGGAGCUGCUGCACCAGUUGCCUUUCCAGCCGACUCAAGACGACCUUCACUUCCUCUUCAAACAUUUCCGGAGCACCGAGAGCGUGGCGGACGACGAAGGGGCCCAUCACACGCCUCCCUUCAGGCAUCGUUCCCGCAGUCUCAGCCCCGGACGGACGUGCGGCACGUUUGACAAUGAGAUUGUGAUGAUGAAUCAUGUCUACAGAGAACGCUUCCCUAAGGCCACGGCCCAGAUGGAGGGCCAGCUCAUCGACAUCAUCUCGGAGUGCUCCCCCGACACGGCUCUGCCCCUGGCGGACGGCGUGCUGGGCUUCAUCCAGCACCAGCUGGUGGAGCUGGCCCGGGACUGUCUGGACAAGUCCCAGAACGGCCUGGUCACCUCCAGGUACUUCAUGGAGCUGCAGGAGAAACUCGAGAAGCUGCUGCACGAGGCUUACGAGCGUUCAGAGAGUGAGGAUGUGACCAUCAUCACCAAACUGGUCAAGAAGAUCCUCAUCAUCAUCUCCAGGCCGGCCAGGCUGCUGGAGUGUCUGGAGUUUGAUCCGGAGGAGUUCUACCAGCGUUUGGAGGCUGCAGAGGGUCAGGCCAAGGUGGGCCCGGGAAUUAAGACCGACAUCCCCAGAUACAUCAUCAGCCAGCUCGGCCUCACCAAAGAUCCUCUGGAAGAGAUGGUUCACCUGGAGCAAACCAGUCCGAGUCAGAGAGCCAGUAGAGAGUCCGACGACUCCGGAGAGGUCACACCUGUACAGAACCGGGCCAGCUGCACCCCUCCUCGCAGGAAACCCCUGGAAAGUGACUUUGACAAUAUAAAGCUGAUUAGCAACGGCGCUUACGGAGCCGUGUAUCUGGUGCGCCACAAAGAAAUGCAUCAGCGCUUUGCCAUGAAGAAGAUCAACCGGCAGAACCUGAUUCUGCGGAACCAGAUCCAGCAGGUGUUUGUGGAGCGGGACAUCCUCACCUUCGCUGAAAACCCCUUCGUGGUUUCCAUGUUCUGCUCUUUUGAGACCCGGAGGCACCUCUGCAUGGUGAUGGAGUACGUGGAAGGCGGGGAUUGUGCCCACCUGCUGAAGAACAUCGGCCCUCUGCCGGUGGACAUGGCCCGGAUGUAUUUCGCAGAGACGGUCCUGGCUUUGGAGUACCUGCACAACUACGGGAUCGUGCACAGAGACCUCAAGCCCGACAAUUUGCUGAUCACCUCCAUGGGACACAUCAAGCUGACAGAUUUUGGACUGUCAAAGAUCGGCCUGAUGAACAUGACGACCAACCUGUACGAAGGACACAUUGAGAAGGACACCAGAGAGUUCAUAGACAAACAGGUGUGCGGUACUCCGGAGUACAUCGCUCCUGAAGUGAUCUUGAGGCAGGGCUACGGGAAGCCGGUGGACUGGUGGGCCAUGGGCAUCAUCCUCUACGAGUUCCUGGUGGGCUGUGUGCCUUUCUUCGGAGACACGCCGGAGCAGCUCUUCGGCCAAGUCGUCAAUGAUGAGAUCAUCUGGCCCGGUGGGGAGGACGCUUUGCCACCUGAUGCUCAGGAUCUCAUCACCAGACUGCUGAGGCAGAACCCUCUGGAGCGUUUAGGAACUGGUGGAGCUCCAGAGGUGAAGAUGCACAUGUUUUUCCUGGGUCUCGAUUGGAACGGCCUCCUGAGGCAGAAAGCCGAGUUCAUACCUCAGCUGGAGUCUGAAGAUGACACCAGCUACUUUGACACACGAUCAGAGCGCUUCUGUCACCUCGGCUCGGAUGAAGAUGAUGAGACUAACGAUGACGAUUCCUCACUGGAGCUCCGACAGUUCUCCUCUGUGGCCCACCGCUUCAGCAAGGUGUACAGCAGCACCGAGCACCUGUCCACCUCCACGCCAUCCAGCCACAGCCUCUCGUCGUCGGAGCGCAGCUACAGCGAGGAGAAGGAGGAGCGCUGGGAGGGCCGGGGAGCCCCCUCCCCCGGGGACGGACACAAACAUCUGGCUGCUGGAAACAAGAGGGAGGAUCCACAUGCAGGAAGCCUCCGGCCCCGAGCCUCCAGUUCGUCUCAUUCGGAGCGCAGCGCCAGCCCGCUGGUGAUGAACAGCACCCAGAGCCUGGACACCACGCCCCGGCUGGCCAUCUCUGCCGAGGAGGAAGAUGGUGUGGUUUCCAACCUGCGGCGCAUCCGUCUCCGGAGCAACAGCACGGGCACGAGGCCGUCCUUCCGGAGGGGGGUGUCCCGGCGAAUCGCGCACCAACUCGAGACGCCAGAGAAACCCAGAACCUCACCUGGGAAGGUCCCCAAGUCUGCUUCGGUUUCUGGCCUGUCGCUCAUCAUUACCCCAGAUGACUCCAGCGUCCCUCCGUCGAGCCCCAAAUCGUCCCUGUCCCUGUCGUCCAACCCCUCGUCCAGGGACUCGUCCCCGAGCCGGGACCUGUCCGUCAACAUCAGCUGCCUCAGGCCUCCGGUGGUCAUCCACAGCUCCGGCCGCAGGUUUGGUUUCGCUCUGCGGGCCAUCAGAGUCUACAUGGGCGACAGCGACGUUUACACCGUUCACCACAUGGUCUGGUGUGUGGAGGACGGCAGUCCCGCACACGAGGCAGGACUGAGGACGGGAGACCUCAUCACUCACGUCAAUGGGGAGUCCGUUCAGGGACUGGUGCACACUGAGGUGGUGGAGCUCCUGCUCAAGAGCGGCAACAAGGUGACUCUGCAGACCACCGCCCUGGAGAACACCUCCAUCAAGGUGGGCCCGGCCAGGAAGGCCAGUUACCGGGGGAAGAUGGCCCGGCGGAGCAAGAGGAGCAAGAGGAGGGACGGACAGGACGGCCGGCGUCGUAGCAUCCUGAAGAAGCUGUCCAAGCACACGCCUCCGCCCCCCAUGCAGAGCAGCCGCAGCUUCUCCUCCGGCCUCCACCAGUCGUCGAGCGACAGCCUCUCGGGCUCCCCCACCCAGAGCCUCUCCCCGGGGCCGUCCACGCCGUGUUGCUCUCCGGCCCCCGACCAGUCCGGAGACUCGAGCUCCUCUCCGUGCUCCAGCUCCCCCAACUCUCCGGUACCGCAGGCUCGCCCCAGCUCCCUCCACGUCCUGGGCCGCUACACCAAAGCGGGCCGCUGCAAGUCCACCAGCAGCAUCCCCCCGUCCCCUCUGGCCUGCAUCCCGCCCCCCCAGCCUCUCUCUCCCCAGUGCUCCCCCUCCUGCCUCUCGGGUCACCCCAAGUCUCUGCACGGCUUCCACGGCAAGACGUCGUCCCCCCCCACCAUCACCCGCCACUCCGUGCGCCCGCGCAGCGUGGAGCCGCCGCGCUCGCCGCUGCUCAAGAGAGUCCAGUCCGCCGAGAAACUGACGGGAGACAAGACGGGGGGUUACCACGGAGACCGGAAGGCUUACAGCACCCGCCGCCACACCGUGGAGAUGCCCCUGUCGGAGGGGGAGGGGCUGGAGGACGACGACGGAGACACCGCCACCGGCUUCGUGUGCGUGGGCGAGCACGGCCGGCAGGGGCUGUACAUCGGGGGGCCGAGGGACCAGCAGGACCACCACGGCUCCUCCACCUCGCCCCAGCACCGGGGGGGGAGCCACCUCUGCAAGGAGUCCCAGGAGGUGGUGGUGAUGAGGAAGCUGGCUCUGUCCGACCGCAGGGACUCCUUCAAGAAGCAGGAGGCCGUGCAGGAAGUUAACUUUGACGACCCGGAGGAGAGAGAGGCGGCGCCGACCCCCAACCUCCCCGCCACCCCGCCAAAGACGUUCCAGGCGAGCUGGAUUACCUCACCGCCGCCACCGGACCCCGGCGUGGGGCCGGUGGGAAGAGGAGCCCGGAGUAAAUCACAGCAGAAAACUAAGACUAAAGACAAAGAAGGUGUUUAGUUGUUCUCCUCUCGCCGGGGGUCGCAGGCCGUUGACGUGGCGGUCCCAGGACCCGCUUAACGGUUCUCAGUCUCGGAGAACGAGCGAGAGUCCAGAGAACUGUGACCAAACUGAAAAUCAACAUAAAAAAGAUGGUACUCAGUAAACACGCUUCCUGCAGCGCCGGCAACGAUGCUGCUCUCUGUUCUUUGUCCUCCAAUCACUGUGGCUUCUGCUUCUUGUAAAUAGUUUCAUUUUAGAGGAAGAAUCUUAUUUGCAGCUUUUUAGGCUCAACUCCUCUUCUUUUUCUGCAAACGACCGAGGUGCUUCAGUUGUGACGGGCGACGGACACUCCAGGCGACGGCUUCAGGCUCGUCCCGUUGAGGAAUAUUUGAUAUUGUGAUGUCAUUUUUUUAUUUUACUUUGCAGCGUGUUACUCACUCCGGGAGUUUCCCCUUCUUGCAUCACGUCCACGGCUGAAUCACACGGCAUCGUCUCUGCCGCCUCCCCGGUUAGUUCACAUGAGGACGCUCUCCGCCUGACUACGGGCCGUGCUUGGGCCUGAAACACACAAAUGUAUCAAAAAUCAAUACUUUUACAGCUAAGUGUCGUGCAUGCGUGGGCUCGUCCGCCGCUAACAUCUGUCCCGUGAAAGGUUUGAAGUGGAAACCCUCGUUAUUUAAGUCAUAACCUACCGGUCACUUGCUGAAUCCAGCUUCCAUCCGCCUCCUCAUGAACUGUCUCAGUAGAACGGUGUAACUAAGUGCAUUAAUGUAACGGCAUCUUCCUCUGUUUGUCUCACUUGUACAGCAGAUGCAGCACACAUGCUAACUUUUGUUUUUGUAUGCGUAUUAUGAAUGAAUGUUUACUUUUUUUUUUGCAAAGAUAUGUAAGUGAAUCUGUUGGUUUUUGUUAAAUUAUUAAAGGAAAAAAAAAAAGAGUGACGAGAGAACUGAAGCAGAAAGCCGGAGUCGAUGAAGGAUUGGUUAAAAGGUGAACUCCUUUUGUAUAUUUUGAUAUGAACUGUCCUGCCGCAGUAGCGAUGACCCGUGUCGUGGAGCUUACAGCAGCUGUGUUACCGUGGCGACUCCGCCAGUGGCCUUGUAGGGGAAGGUGGACUCGGAUGAAGCGUUGCCUAGGUGACACGGUCCUAACCUCCCAUCCCUUUGAACCUGUGAGCGCUUUGCUUGUUUCAUACUUCGGUGUAAUAUUUCAGCAGUUCUGGUACAAAGUCUGACUUUUUUUUUUUUCAUUCUUUUUUUUAAUCACCGAGGGGGAAAAAAGCUGCCGUUUUAACUGCUAAUUAGGUGGAUGAUUCAUCCAGGUUUCACAGUUUUGUGUUUUUUCAGAGUGAAGGAAGAUUAAACAGAUUUAAAGAGCAAACCCCUGUUAGUUCAGAGCUGAGCUGUGAUGAACACUACAGUGUUUUAGACCCUUCACUGUUUGUUUGGGAGUUGAUAUUGAAGUUCUUCUUCAUACAUGUUGGUGUAUUCAGAGCAAGACUUGUUUCUGAUUUUUUAACCCCCCCUCCAAAUGAAUUGUCAGUAUCUUAGUUUGUUACAUCGUGUUAUGCAUUUUAAGGUGAAAAAUUGAGGUUUACAAGGAGUUCCUCAUGUUUGUGUCUUCACACGGAUGAUUCCAUGUCUCCCUCCAUGUUUUUGUGUUUUCACAUUUCGUGUUUCUGCCAUGCUUGAAAUAAAGGAAACGCAACGGA